AUGUUACCCGCGUAUUUCCUGAUGUUCUGGUCUUCGACGGGGAAGCACAUGAAUUGCCUACACUUUUCUUACCCCAACAGAAAGACAAAGAAUAAUUACCGGAUCCACUUCCAGAACGCGCAUUUGGUCAUAUACGACCUGAAGAUUGGUUGGAAGCGACAAGCGUUCAAGUCGACACCGAAGGAGAAGGCUCCAUAUUCGCACUUCUACCGCUAUCUGUGGUACUUGAUUCGUAUCAUUGCCUCCGUCACCUACCGUCCUGUUUCUCUCCCUGAAAAUCCCACUUAUGUGGCUUCAGAAGAUGUCACUAUCAUUGUACCCACCAUCGACGCUGGUGAAGAAUUCAAGGAAGCAGCCAACAGUUGGCUUGCUGGCAAACCGAAAGAGAUCAUCAUCAUCACCGAAGAGAAAAUGCUCAUUCCUCUCCAAGAACUCGCCAACGCCGUUGACCCGGAGCGUAUUCGCGUCCUCACCGUUCCUUUCGCGAACAAGCGGUUGCAGAUGGCACACGGUAUUAGGAAUACCACGACAGACAUCAUUGUCUUUGCAGACGACGAUGCUAUUUGGCCACCAAUGCUUUUGCCAUAUGUGCUCGCAUGUUUUGAAGACCAGAAGGUCGGAGGCGUGGGCACGAGUCAACGUGUCCAACCAGUAGGCAAACGCAUGACAGUUUGGGAGGUCCUUGCGGCAUUCCGUCUGACGAUCCGUAACAUCGAAAUUAGCUCCAGCACGCAUAUCAAUGGUGGUCUUCCAUGUCUUUCGGGCCGUACAGCUGCCUACCAAACGGUCAUCCUCAAAGACCCAGAGUUCUUGCAUGGUUUCACGCACGACUACUGGCUGGGGAAGUACCAGCUCAACUCAGGCGAUGACAAAUUCUUGAUGAGGUGGAUGGUGAGCCAUGGAUGGAGUACCUAUGUUCAGUGUUGCAAAGAGGCAGAGCUGCUGAGUACGAUGAAGCCGAACUGGAGAUUCUUGAAACAGGUUUUACGAUGGACCCGAAAUAUGUGGCGAAGUGAUUUGAGGUCAUUAUUCAUGGAACGGUAUAUUUGGACUACACAUCCCUAUGUCGCUUAUACUAUGGUCGACAAGCUCUUUAACCCCUUCACGCUCCUAGUGGGACCCUGCCUCGUCGGUUAUCUUGUUUGGAAAAGUACCAUUGCCGUUAUAGACGGAGGAUACCAUCUACCUUGGUGGAACAUUAUCCUCUCAUAUAUGGUCUGGCUUCUCGCGACUCAUACCGCCAAGCUCCUCCCGCAUCUCUGGCACACGCCCAGCCACAUCAUUUAUGUCCCUGCGUUCAUCCUCUUCGGGUACUAUUUCGCGAUCAUGAAGCUGUAUGCGCUCUUCACGCUCCAUGAGACUGGAUGGGGAACUCGUGCAGGCAUUGGCGACCCGACGAAAGCCACAGCUGCCACGGACGGUGGGGGUGUCGGCGUCAACGUACACAGACAUUUUCAUAUACCGGCUCGACCACUGUAAAUGCGUCACAUUAUGGUAGAUUCGCUUUCUCGAGUAGUGAACCUCAUUGCAUCCCACCCUCGUAUUCCCCGCAGACGAUGACGCGACUAACGUAUAUCAUUACUGCGAUCCUCGUACAUACCACUCACAUUACCUUUCUGUCGUUAUUCCACGGGAUUUCUCUACUCUAUUUUGGACUAGCUGGUCAUAAUACUCACAAAGCGCUCUCCUACAUUGCAGAUAGAUGCGUCGUUCACUGCAUACACAUUGGUUUUCUCAUACUGGUCGUUGGUGUUGACAUACUUUCAUGCGAUGCUAUCGUUAACAAUAUUC